AUGUCAGGAAGGGCGACCUCGGAAACAGCGGGCUCCGAGACAACGGAUUCAUCAGGGGAACAUUCGGAAUGCGACUCGGGUCAAUUACGCCGCACCCCAACCGUUUCUUCCUUUUACGACUUGAAGGGAACACCCUGGGAUGACAGAAAGCCCAACAGCCAGACGUGGAUCUACGCGAGGGAAGUACGGGCGCAGGCUGCCGAUGUGCUGGCCGCACCCCGCAAGGCGCAUGAGAAUCACCCUUGCUAUCCAAGCGUCUUUAGAAACGACGAAGGACUCGAGCUUAAGGCAGAGCCGCCCUUGCUUCAUACUCCGGUUAGACCUGGGCAUACAACUGGUUGGCUCCAUGAAGGCCCCCGUGACCGGAAUCGGCCCGGGGCAGCUCGCCUGGUAUACAGCAAAAAUCCAACCGACACAAACUUCGACGUGGUAUACCAUGACAAGAGCCAGCCACAAUCUAACAGAGGAUACCGGUUGUUUGCCAUGGCCGAAUACGUUCCCGCAGCUACGUCUCCCCCAUCACCGGCACGAUCUGAGCCCUGA